CAUUUUAGUGCUAAACUUUUGAAAAUCAUAUCUCUUAUAAUGCGGCGGCAUAAAAAGUUUGCAUAUUCAAAGGUUUCUUUAAGUAUCUUAUUUAUCUGUAUUUGUGCUUGCGUACCUUUCGCUAAAGCGACCGAUGACGAUAAAUACGGUUUAUUUAUCAAUGAUAGAAUGUGCGAUGCCAAUGGCAGUGUUAUUCAAUGGACAGGAGGACAAUUUGAGUUUCCUUGUCCCUCAACAAAAUCAUUAUUUAAGAGUUCAGGCAAAUAUAUACCGAAAAAUGUUAUUGCUACUCGCGCUCAAAUUAUCGGCGAUAUCGCUUAUUUGGCUCUGCCACGCUAUCGACACGGGGUCCCUGCGACUUUGGUUAAAGCAAAUUUGCAACCGGGUAUUUGUUAUGUCAAUUUUGCGCCUUAUCCAUGCUGGAACAUGCAAGAGGAGGGAAAUUGUAAAGCUAUGCAAUCUGUGAUCGAUAUAGUGGUCGAUCAAAAUGAAGUCAUUUGGUUAUUGGAUACCGGAAUUGUGAACACUUUGGAAAUCCCAGUACGAAAAUGUUCACCCAAAGUGUGGGCUAUAUCAUCAAAAUCGUCAAAAGUCUUGAAAAUGAUCGAUUUAGACGGUCUAAGUACAAAUACCUCACGACUGCAAUAUUUAGCUGUAGAUUAUGCUCCCACUGGCGGUUGUUUUGUGUAUGUUAGUGACGCGGCUAAUCGAGCUAUUAUCAUCUUUAAUGUACAAGUGGAUCGAGGCUUUCGUGCCGUACUACCAAGAGCUGUUACAGCUGGAGGACGAAACCGUGAUGUCUUAUAUUUAGCAUUAAUACGUCAUAGUUGCGGUACUGCAGAGUUGUAUUUCACUUAUUUAAGCACAAAUCGCCUGUUUUCUAUUAAAGCGGAAUAUUUGCGAACUGGUGCGGCCGAUGGAAGGGUCUUGGAAGUAGGUAAAAAAUCGUCACGCAUGGUUAUUAUUGGUACGAAUAAUGGUAAUUCAAUAUUCUUCCGUAAUGAAGGCAGUGCCGAAGUCUAUCGUUGGGAUACUAAUACUACGUUUAAGGAGGACAACUUUAAGCCAGUUUACCGCAGCACAACGUGCCAGUUGGCAACACACGCUAUAUCCGAUUAUAGACACAAUACAAUGCGUAUCCUUCAAAGUAAUUUUCCAGAUUUUAUGCAAAAUCGUAUGGGUUGUGGUGCCACACAGCAAUUAGCAGUUAUGCGAGGUUGUUGGUAGAUUACAUAUGCGCACACAAAUAUAGAAUAAGAAAAAAAAUCGCUUCUGAUCGAAAGAAAAUUUCAUUUAAAAGAUCAUAAGAGCUUUAAAAACCAGCCACGAGACUAUAAUUGAAUUCAAUGAAUUAAAUUAAUUGAAAUAAAUGCAUUGAAUAAGUUCCAAAUAAAAACCAAAAAAAAAAAAAAAAAACGAAAAUAUUUUGGGAAAGAUAAUAGAAUAAUUCCGUUAUUCAAUAACUGAAGAUUUAAAACCAUUAUAUAAACUGGAAUGCUUUAAGCAAUAGAUUUUAUUUAACAUAUAUCUUAUAAAAUAGAAUCUCUUUCCAAAAAUGUUACCUUGACAUCUUUUUUAUUUACGUUAUACUUAAGGACAAGAUAUCUUUUACUUUAACAUAAACUAAUCAUAUAUAUGCACAUAACGUGGUCCUAUUUUCUGUGCUUUCCUCGAACUAUUUGGUAAAGACAACCCAAUUUAGUCCUAUCAAAAAGUAGCGAGUGAUGGAUCGGUAAAUAUUUUUUUUAUAUCUGAAUAUGUUAAUAUGUUUACUAGAAUUAGAAGAUUUUCUUAAACGCUCCC